AUGAAUAUUGUUAAAAGCCGAAUAAAUAUUUUUAAAACGAUUAAACCGACAAUUCCAAAAUUGAGAACAAUGAGUACCAAGAAGCCAUCUGAAUUAGCCAAAAUUACCAAAAUUGUGGACCUAGAAAGCAAGGAUGCUAAAUGGGUCAAAUUGCAAAAGAUUCACUACACAAACCCAAAUGGUGAAGCCCGUGAUUGGGAAAUGACUGCCAGAACCACACGGAUUCCUGGUCAAGAAAUCGAUGGUGUGGGAAUCAUUGCUCUUGUUAAAGAUCCUUCUAACCCAACUGAUUCUCCAAAGAUUGUGCUUCAGAAGCAAUUCCGUCCACCGGUAGAGGCUGUAUGUAUUGAAUUCCCAGCUGGGCUUCUUGAUCCAAAUGAAACUGCUCUUGAGUGUGCUAUCCGUGAGCUUCAUGAAGAAACUGGCUAUGUGGUUACCAAGGACCAACAUUUGGGUAACUCGGAAAUCAUGUUCAAUGAUGCUGGCUUCACCAACACUAAUUUAAUCUCGGUGAUGCUUGAAGUCGAUUUAAGCACAAAGGAAAACCAAAAUCCUAUUCCUCAAUUGGAGGAAAACGAAUUCAUCGAGACUUUCUUGGUUAAUCUUGCGGAGUUACCAGAAGAAUUAGAGAAGCUCAGUGAAAAAGGUUAUAAAGUUGAUUCUAAGGUUGCUAGUAUCGCAGCAGGUUUGAAGUUAUCCAGAGCUUUCAAUCUUGGGAAAUGA